CUCUGCAGCCAAUGAACGAGCAGCUCGUUGAUAUUUAAGCGCGCUGUCACGGCGGUUCUGCUGUAUCUGAAACAAACCGAGAGUUGAAGAUGUCUGGACGCGGAAAAGGAGCCGGUAAAGUUAGAGCCAAGGCCAAGACCCGCUCCUCCAGGGCCGGACUUCAGUUCCCCGUCGGCCGAGUCCACAGACAUCUGAGGAAGGGCAACUACGGUGAGCGUGUCGGCGCCGGAGCUCCGGUGUACCUGGCGGCGGUGCUGGAGUAUCUGACCGCCGAGAUCCUGGAGCUGGCCGGUAACGCUGCCCGCGACAACAAGAAGACCCGCAUCAUCCCCCGCCACCUGCAGCUCGCCGUCCGCAACGACGAGGAGCUCAACAAGCUGCUGGGCGGAGUGACCAUCGCUCAGGGCGGCGUGCUGCCCAACAUCCAGGCGGUGCUGCUGCCCAAGAAGACCGAGAAGGUGGCCAAGAAGUGAAGACCCGGACCUGACGAAACAAAGGCUCUUUUCAGAGCCACACACCCCGCAUAGAGAGCCAGAUCCUGCGUCUGAAUGAGUCAUGUACAAAUUAAAUACAGUGGCAAACUGCUAUAUUUAAAAAAGUUUAAGCAAUACUACUCAACAAAUAUUGUUUGUUAGAAAAUACCUCACACCCCCCAAACUCCCAAUAAUCUUGCCUACAUUUCUAUGAAUAAGUCACUUUUUACUGUUCAUCCAGCCUCUGACAUUCACACCACUCCUGAUCUCAGAGCCAGGAAUUUUGGGCCCUAUGACAUAAAAAUCAAAUUGGACCCCUCUGUGCAGCUGUUGGACCUAAACAUCCCAUCAGAAGCUUUACAGAACUCUAAUCAAAGGCUUGCAACCG